ACUUUCAACACUAACAUGCGGCACGGGGUAGAGUUUGCGCAAUGGAUGCCGGGAGAUUCAGACUUCCUGUCCGAGAACGAGGUAACCAAACCAGGAAGAAAGAUGGCGACGGCAGCUGCGAAGCCAGCGUCGCGACCCUCAGGUGCCAUCAACCGAGCUUUCCAGCGGCUUCAGGGCGCCAUAGCGGAGGCAGUGGCCCCACCGAAGCUGGUGGUAGACAAGAAGACGAUAGAGAAGUCAUGGAAGCUUAUGGACAAGGUGGUGAAGCUGUGCCAACACCCGCGAAUGAGCCUCAAGAACUCCCCUCCGUUCAUCUUGGACAUUCUGCCGGACACUUACCAGCACCUUCGGAUCAUUCACGCCAAGUAUGAUGAUCGUAUGCAACAGCUUAAUGACUGUGAGUACUUCAGGGUCUACAUUGAAAAUCUUAUCCGCAAGUGCAAGCAGGCCAUCAGGCUGUUCAAGGACGGGAAAGAGAAAAUGUUCGAGGAGACGUCCCAGUACCGCCGGAACCUCACCAAACUCUCCCUGAUCUUUUCCCACAUGCUUGCCGAGCUCAAGGCGAUCUUUCCCAACGGAACAUUUUCCGGGGACGUCUUCAGGAUCACCAAAAGUGAGGCAUCAGACUUCUGGAAGAAGUCCUUCGGGGCCAGAACGGUUGUGCCGUGGAAGUUUUUCCGUCAGACAUUGCACGACGUCCACCCCAUCAGUUCAGGACUGGAGGCCAUGGCCCUCAAGUCAACCAUAGACCUUACUUGCAAUGACUACAUCUCCAAUUUCGAAUUUGACGUGUUCACGCGGCUGUUCCAACCGUGGAACACGUUGCUGAAGAACUGGAACCUGCUGGCUGUGACACAUUCUGGCUACGUGGCAUUCCUGACGUACGACGAAGUCAAGGCCAGGCUGCAAAAGUACAUCAACAAACCAGGAAGCUACAUCUUCCGCCUGAGUUGUACCAGAUUAGGGCAGUGGGCAAUAGGCUAUGUGACCCAGGAGGGGACCAUUCUGCAGACAAUACCACAGAACAAGUCCCUGUGUCAGGCUCUCAUUGACGGACAGAGGGAAGGAUUCUACCUGUUCCCUGAUGGGAGGAACAUCAACCCUGACCUGUCCAGCCUGUGCACCAACUCGCCUGACGAGCACAUCAAAGUGUCCCAGGAGCAGUAUGAGCUGUACUGUGAGAUGGGCUCCACUUUCCAGCUCUGUAAGAUCUGCGCCGAGAACGACAAGGACAUCAAGAUCGAGCCCUGUGGCCACCUGAUGUGUACGCCAUGCCUGACAUCAUGGCAGAGGGACUCUGAUGGCCAGGGCUGCCCAUUCUGCCGUGCAGAGAUCAAAGGUACAGAACCUGUGGUGGUGGAUCCCUUUGAUCCCAAGUGGGACACCAUGAGGAACAAGAUGGACAUGCAUGCAGAGGGAGAGGAGGAGGAUGGUAACUUUGAGGUGAGGCACACACAGGAUCCAAAUCAGUGGGUUAACCAGAGCAUCAGUGAACUCCAACCCUCCAGACCUGCUCACUCCCCGUUUAGCUCUCCCCGAGCCUCCCCCAACUUGCCCAGGAGAGAGCCCCCCAAACCUCCCGUACCCCACGGGGCACCCUCCCUGCCCCCCAUCCCUGCCCGCAGGCUGUCCCCGGCAGGGUCCCCCCUCCCCUCCCCCAGUAUCUCCCCCAACGAGUCCCCCAUGCCCUCCCCCAGAAACUCCCCGAGGUCCUCCCCAGUCCCCAAGGAGCGGGCCCUCCCUCCUCCAGUGCCUUUGCCAGCCCCCCGACCCCUCCCGGCACCACCCAUCCCCUCCCCCACCCUCCCCGACAGAGACUUACCCGCAGUUCCCACCAUAAACGCCCCGCAAGUGCCACCCAGGAGAUUUGUCGACAAGACAUCCAAUGUGAAGAAAACAUACAAUAGGUCUGUUAGUGAUGAUGGUGCCUCCAGUUCAGGGUCGAGUGCGAGUGAUGAAAAUGCAAUCUACAAAGUGCCCAAUCCCAUGUCCAAGUCCACAUCCAUGGGGCCCCCUGUACCUAGCAGAGGGUCCUCGGCCCAGCCCAGCCCCCCCUCACCAAUAUCCCAGCCCAGUGGCCCCCCAAGGAGUAAUUUUGAAACCCCAAGUGAAAAUGAAGACAGAAUGAACAGUGAAAACCAUGACCCUGCGAGUGACUAUGAUGUCCCUGUGAGGCGCCUGAGGAAAACCCCCAGUGACUACGACCUGCCCCCCCUCCCCGUCAGCAGCCUGGACCCCGCCCUCCAGCCACGCCAACAGAAGCAUCCUGCCAGCUGGUCUUCUGCCGAGAACGUCCAAGGCACUAGAGACCCCUCCCCCAGCUCUAGGAAAAGCACCGCUACAGAAAAUGGAAACAACAUGGAUGCAGAAAUUGCCACACUGAUGAGCCAGGGCUACUCGUACGAUUCCAUCGUCAAGGCACUAGGCAUCGCCAACAACAACCUUACCAUGGCCAAGCAGAUCCUGAGGGAAUUUGUGCACCACUCUGUGUCAUGAGGGUGAUGUUUUCAAUGUUGGUAACUUUUGUCCCUUCCCAUGUAUCAAAAGGAAAUUUUCUACCACCCUGUAUCUUGGGGAUAAGCAAUGUGCUUGUGUUACUACUGACAGCCUGUGCUCUUAUUAACUGCCCAAGAUUGUGGUGUAUCAUAUAGAGUGUCCAAGAUUUGUAUCUUUAUUUAAACUAAAGACUUACUAUUAAGUCCCUGUAGAGGUAGACAUUUAUCUAGACACAGGCUCACAAUUCCUAGCUGCUUGUAUUUGAAAUGGUUAUUCAUGUACAUGCACUGCAUGGGAUGUCUUUUAGCAAGGAAUGUGUCCUGGCAUGUGCAGUACUGUAAAGAUCGUAGGCCUACUAGUGGGAAAAUUAAUGUUGUUUUUCCGAUUGAAAUCCUGAAAGGUUUAAGGUCUGUAGGUAGGGAUUCUCUUCUCUCUCUUUUUUCAGAUCUCAGCAAAAGUGAGCCAACAAAUACAGUGUAAUCAUGUAAAAGGGGAAUGCAUCUGGACAAUAGUAUCAACAUCAUAUUUUAAUUAUUAUAUACAGAGAUUAUACAGUCAUUGUACAAGCACAAGUGUCCCUUGCCAGCAGUUUCUCCCCCAAAAAAGCUACAAUCAGCAGCCUGAGGUUUUUCCUAUGGUUCGGGUAACCGGAAACACAACAUUUUUUCCCUAGGCCUUACGUAUCUUAACUAGCAAAUGCAUGAAGUGUGGAGACUUUAAAUGAAGUUAGAUUUUACAUGAUGUGAUAAUUGUGGCGAGUUCUUCCUGCUGGAAUAUUGAGGAUUUGUUAUUUAAAGAGGUUCUUAUUCUGGUUAAAGUUGAUUUUACCAUUACAAUUGCUACAUGUCACCAACAAAAUUUAACCUACAUGUAUUAGAGUUACAUGUCUAGGAUUGUCUCUUGCAUUAGAAGGCUCAAAAACAGGGAAUUAUCAAUUGUCUCACAGCAUUGAGUACAAAUUCAGUUUUAUUCAAGUAGAAGCAUUAUGUAUAAAAUUUUAGGUAGCAAUCCCUCAUUAGGAUUCUUUCCCCCAGCCCCAUUUUAUGAUUAUGUAUAUGGGAACUAGUACAGAUUAAAUGUUGAUUCCUGGUUUCUUUGCAGCCCAGGUUGCCAUUUUUACAGAGGAUACAAGUAACAAGAGGGAAAGAAUGAGAUAACUAGUAGGAUGUGAAAUAUGUUUCUAAACAUUUUGCCUUUGUCUGACCCAUGGAAAGGGCUAUUGUUAACCACCUUAAAUGAAGCAUCUCUAUAACUCCAAUGCUGGCAUCAUAUGUAACAAUUGUCUGCCCAUUUUGUCAGCAGUAUGGAUAACAAACACUUCAUCACAAAAUUCAAUAUAGAAUAUACAUAUGUACAUAAAAGUGGGAUCAUGCUAUGCAGCAAGUUUCCUUGUGUCAUGAUGAUUUACAUGAUUGGGAAAGAUUUCACCUGAUCACAAUAUACAUGUAGCUUUCUGCUUCAAUUCCAAACUAUCCCAGUCAUCUAGACUACUGUAAAUACUCAAACAAGUAAAUUGUUAUCAAUGAAAUAUGCAUGAUAUGAGACUUAUAACCGCUUUUAUAAUCAAGCUCACAAAAUUGGAAGGAAGAUAACAUGGAAUAUAUAUUACCAACGCUAUGUGACACUUCAGGUAGGUUUUUUUUAAAGAUGUUUAUAUACAAGUAAGACAUUCCUUUGUUUUCAGACAACUGGACGUACAUGUACUAUGACUUGUUAAAGGAAUUGCUCUGACUACCACUAGUCUACCAUUGUGUACAAAUAAUUCCUUGUUAUACUUUGUGGAAGAAUUGGUAACUGUAAUUCUAUUACCAGUUAUAAACUAUUGUGUCAGGUUGACACGGCCUGCUGGGCUUGUUGCAAAGACUGCUUGCAAAAUGUGAUAAUGCAACAUUAUAUUCCCUCAAGCUUUUCCAUUAGAAAUGUUCUUUGUAAUUUUCUGUUUACGGUAUCUCAAGAAGCUAAGUUGUCAAUGCUUACUUUUCUGUCAACUACAGGGAGCAUUUGCCUGUGGUAUAAGACUGUGUAGGACUAUCAUCAGAAGAUACAGAAAUAUAAUUGCUUUUUUGCAAAGUUACAGUGACUUUUGAACCUUUUGGAAGUUGUGCAAACUAUCUAGUAACAAACUAUCAUUUUACAGAUUGAUGCUUUACAGCCCUUCCAUGAAAAAUAGGUAAGGGGCAAGGCAGUAGUAUAAAACACACCCUCUCACCUGAAUUGUGUAUGUUUGUUUAAGAUUAUAUAUGUGUAGACCAUCCACACACUUGUGGUUUUAUGUUUCUGAUUGCUGUCUUGCUCCCCACAUUAUUUUGCCUAGAAAGCCCAUGUAAGACAUGUUAGUUGUUGGUAAGAAGUGUAAGAAUAAGCAGUUAUGCUUUGUGUAAAACUGAUUUUCUUAGUAUCAAAGACAUGGUGAUGAGGUCAUGUUACUUGAGCUUCACAAGAAAUGUUACUGACAGUAGACUAUUAUUAUAUAAUGUUUCCUAAAAAUCGAGUGGAUUUGACAUACCAGCUUCUCUAUUAUUGUGGAUGGACUUUUCUGAAAAUUCUUAAAGGCUAUUUGGCUUUUGCUGUGUAUAUGGUUGUAUGUCCAAAAGGAUAAUCUUACAAAAUAAUUGCACACUAGUAAAAUAGAUAUCAGCAUAUUGAUCCUACUGUUUUUCAAAAAUCAGUUUUGUGAAGCUCAGUAACUGGCUGUUAUAAUGAUUAACCUUUGGAGUAAAAUGGUGACCAAGUCUACCAAAUGAGAAAAGGCCAGGCCAGUUUUUUGAAUUUGUUCUCAACAACCAAUCUCUGGUUCUCCAAGAUUCAAAAUAUCUGGAGGAUUGUUUUCUAGAGAAGGCCUACUCAGAUCAGCUAGAAACAGUGUAGCCUGUCACCCAAUGGUGACAUUGAAGUAUUAGACUGUGUAAAACAGUAGUUUAUUCUCUGAAGAGUUUUUGUUUUGAAUUCUCAUCCCGUCCAUGUUGUUUCUGAAACGUUUGAGAACCAGUUUAUGCCACUGGCCUGGCCUGAAGUCCAGAUGCUGCAGCCUGACAACUGCCAUAGCUUGUGUGCAUGCUGUUCUAUACAGACCUCACCGAGCCUGAAGAGGAUUAUUUUUGUAUGAGGACGGAUGAAUCAUGUGUCUCCUGAUGAUGCUGUGAAUGUUAUACCGACCUUUGCAUUGUAAAUGUUCUGUGUCUAACAUACAUCAUAGAUUCUUUUUUCUUGUUCACUGUGACAAAAGACCACUGUGAAUGGUACUGGAAAUGAACUGUUACUGAGGACUUAUGGAAGAGCAUUUUCUAAUGCUUUUAGGAGUUAGCAUGCACAACUAGCAGAGUAUACUCAUAGUUGUAUCUGAUGAAUAUGAAUUAGAAUGAUCUAUGACAAGGUGCUAAAUGAUUAUGACUAAAGAGAGUAGAGUUUGGGAAAAGAAGGCUGAUUGCUCAACCCAUCUAGACUUUUCUACAUGUAACGUUACUUGUAAAACUAUGAAAUUUCAUUGCUUUUCAAUAGCAAAUAUAGUAAGUUGGCUCUUCGUGCUACAAAUGUCAGUCCUAACUUCAUCAGCUGUUUUGCUCAUUUGAACUUUGAAUUUGCUUCUAGCGUACAGACAGAGCCUAGUAGGGACAAUUUAUGUUUUAUGUAGUAUAGCAGGCCUAACUAAGUAGUGCUGCUGCACAUUAUGAAUGUAUGAAUCGUGGUCUAGAGCCAUCUUACUGGUUCCAUAGACUACACAGAGUAAAUGUGAGAAGACAUUAUGUUGUACUAUAUAGUCCAUUCUGCUCACAUGUGCAAACUUUUGCCCCUAUAGGAUGCUUCAUGCAAGUCUGCCACAAGGCAAGAGAAUUAUCAAAUAAAUCUAUUCUAAUAAGG